AUGAUUCAAGUGAGAUGGUGUAACUGCUCUGCUGAAGAUUUUGCCCGGCAAAUUCAAGAAGAACAAAAGAUGAUGGGAAAUGAUGGGCUUAAGAUCCUUAUCUACUCUUUAAAUCAGGAUUCGGUGGCCUUCAUGGAUGAGGAUGACCAGGUUGAUGCUUUAUAUCAGGAUUUGGUGGCCUUCAUGGAUGAAGAUGACUGGGUUGAUGCACGUUUGGGUAAGGACCAGUUUAGCGAUUCGGACCUACAGGUUCGGGUCGUUACAGAAGCCUUAGUCAAGGGACUUGCUUCUACUGAUGAGGCUUGUAAAGCAAGUGAGGAUAGUGGCAAGGGUGGUUUUUCAAGCUCUGUUGCUGAACAAACUGAAGAUCAAAAAUUUAAACCUAAGAAGAGGUAUCAAGCUCCACCUUCUGAUAGGGUUACUCGAGAUCAUUAUGGAUCGGCAGUAACUUGGCAUUUAGAGUGUGCAGUUGGCCCUAAACCUUUUAAGUUCUUAAAAGUUUGGUGUUUCCAACAAGAAGUAGAUGAUUUGGUGCUCAAAGCAUGGAGUGAACUAUUUGGUGGGAACCCUUUACACAAGUUACAGAAGAAACUUAGAGCUGUGAAAUCUAUUAUCAGAGAUUGGAAUAAGAAAAAGGGUAAGGUCUCUGAGCAGGUUCAAGUUGUGAGAGAGGAUUUACAUAUGAUUCAAAUAGAUAUGCUGAAAGAUUCUAUGAACCAUGAUUUAUUUGCUAAGGAGAGGGAGGAACUUGAUAGGGAGGUUAUAGUUGAGGAGAUUAAAAGGGUUGUGAUGGCUUUUAGUCCUGACAAAGCACCUGGUCCAGAUGGUUUUCCAGCCAGGUUCUUUCAGAAAUUUUGGCAUAUUGUCGGUACUGAUUUGAUCAAUGCUAUUGCCUUCUUUUUCAAUGCUACCGUGAUGCCUAUGGGGAUUAACUUUACUUUCCUUGCCUUGAUUCCAAAGCAAAAUCAUGGGGACAAAGUAGAAAAUUACAGACCAAUUGCCGUAUGCAAUCUUAGUUACAAAAUUAUUUACAAAAUUUUGGCAAAUAGGCUAAGUGUUGUUCUCCCUAACAUUGUUGGGUUGAAGCAGUCUACUUUUAUCAAUGGAAGAAGAAUUCAUGAUAAUAUAUUGUUGGUGUCUGAUGUGAUUAAAAACUUUGGGUUGAAGACAACAGGUCUUGCUAUGGCCUUGAAGGUUGAUCUUAGGAAAGCUUAUGAUUCUAUUAAGUUGUGUAAUGUGGUUCAGAAAAUUGGAUUGUUGGUCUCUCAUGCAUUUUAUGCCGAUGACUUAUUUAUUAUUGUGAAGGCAGAUAUCUCUACUGCUAAAACAGUUGAUGAGGUGCUUAAAAGGUUUUAUAAGGUAGAAUUGAGUUCCUUAUAUCAUUGGGUAUUUGGAUUCAAAAUACCCUGGGGCUACAUUACUGCUUUGGAGAAAAAGUUUAAACACUUUUUAUGGAAUGGAAAGCUAGAUUCAAGAAAGAUGUCCCAACUCAAAUGGAGUCAAGUAACUCUCCCUUAUGCAGAAGGUGGCUUUAAUUUACGCAAAAUCUCUGACAUUGAUUUUGCAGCUAAGGUUUCUAUUUGUUGGGAUUUUCUGAGGAACAAGGAGACUUUAUGGGUGUACUGGAUGCAUGCUAGAUACUUACAGCAUCAUAAUUUUUGGAUGGUUUUACCAAAACCUCAAGACUCAAGUAUUUGGAAGCAGAUUCUGGAUAUAAGAGACUUUUUUUAA